GGCCCCCAGGUGGGGCGGCAGGCACCGGGCCCCCUGGAGGGGCGGCAGGCACUGGGCCCCCAGGCGGAGCGACAGGUACCGGGCCCCCAGGCGGAACGGUGGCGCAGCCGGGCCCCCAGGCGGAGCGGCGGGCGCCGGGCCCCCAGGAGGGGCGGCGGGGCACCGGGCCCCCAGGCGGAGGAAGCAGCGGGCACCGGGUCGUCAGACAUUGGAUCGUCUGGCUUGACAGCGGGCAUCGGAUCACCAGGCAUCAGGUCAUUUGGCUCGACAGCGGGCACCGCGUCAUCAUGGCAAGCAGUGGGCACCGAGUCACCAGGCACAACAGUGGGCUCUGAGUCAAUUGGCACGACAGCGGGCACCGGGUCAUCAGGUACCGGAUCGUCCUUGGCUUGACAGCAGGCACCCCGGUCAUCUGGCGCUGGAAUCGUCUGGCCUCGACAGCGGGCAUCGGGUCACCAGGCAUUGGAUCGUCUGGCUCGACAGCGGUCAUCGGGUCACCAGGUAUUACAGCGGGCACUGGUCAUCAGGCGUGAUAGGAUCAUCAGGCUGGGAUCAGUUCAUCAGGCUGGGUACAGACAUCAGGACUGGGGUAGGGACAUCAGGCUGAAGUGCGGGUGCCGAGGUUCACCAACUGGGCAGGCUCACCGGUUUGGAUACUGGCAGGAUGGUACUGGUUGGAAAGAAUUUUUGCUUUUUUCUGGUUUUAACUUACUGGAGCACUGCAAGUAAACGCAGGUCUGCAAACGAAUGGAGCAGCUGAGGACAGAGAAGAGCUGGAGGAUGGAACACGAGGAGGGAGCAGUUGCUACAGAGGACUUCUUUACAGGGUUAAGAAAGGAUAGGUGCAGUGAGUGGGAGCAGAGGACUGAUAUGUGGUAGUUAG